AUGUCAGAUAAAAUUAAAAAAUCUAAAAAAAGCGAAUCAACGCCUAAUCUUGAUGAAAAAACUCCUGUCAUUUUAAAUGAAAUGGCAUCUACUUUGAUAUCACCUUCUAAACAUCCCUCAAAAUAUGGGAAAUGUAAAAAAUGUGGGAAGGAAUACAAUUGUAAAUGCUGUGAAGAUUGUUUCCAUGAGACACCUUUUAAUACACAGAGUAACAGUAGUCAAAUGGAUUAUAUAACAUUUUCCACAGUCACUAAUGCAACUGGUCUUCCUGAAGUUGUUGUUGAACCAAGAGGUAGGACCAGAAGUUCUUUACCAUCUACAAGACCAAGAACACUUUUAGAAAAAAUGGAUUAUCAUACUAAUACUGAAAAUAAUUUAGUUAAUCAAAAUAUAUCUAAUCCUUCAAACAAUAUUUCAUCAAUUAGAUCACAGGAAGAAAGUUUUUCUGGUUUAACAAAUGAAACUAUUGAAAAUGAUAAUAAUAGACAAAAUCAACAAAUUAUAAGUGAUCAUAACAAUACUGAUACUAAUAGUGUAGUAAAUGCUAGUAAUAAUGAAGUUUCAAAUAUAAUUCCAGUUAACCAACCAUUAAAUAAUCUCCCAAAUAAUAAUAGAAACCGUUUUCAGAUUGUUGAAGUUAUUUCAUCUCCACCAGUAACAAUAAAUAAUUAUCGAAAUUAUUUUACAUGUCGAAGAGUAUGUAUUUGUUCAAAUUGUGGAUAUGUUAAUAAUAUUCCUGUAUUUCAAAAUGCUCCAUUUCAAAAUUCUUUAAUUAGAAACUUUCCUCAAUUAGAACGUGAAAAUUUUGUCACAAAUUUAGUUACUGAUAUUCGUAAUGACAAUGUCUUGCAUAACCUUCAAGAAUGGGCUUUUCCUAUUUUUAGAUACGCGUAUAGUUAUCCUGAACGUGUUUUAUCAAGAAUAGCUUUUCGAAUCUUUGACAAUUGUAGUCUUUUUUCUGAUUUUCAAAUUAAUCGCAAAAAAUUUUUCAACUUUUUUUGUGCAUUAGAAAGUGGCUACUGGUCAAUACCCUAUCAUAAUCGUAUUCAUGCUGCUGAUGUACUUCAUGCAUGUUAUUAUCUUACUAUUCAUCCUAUUGAACCAUUUAAUAUUGUUAAUGGAGUUGACAAUUUAGGAAAUUCAAACCAUAUUGAAAGUUUAUCAUUACAUACUAAAAAAUCUCCAUUAUUUAGUUCAAUGAAUAGUAUUGAAAUUAUGGCUUUUUAUGCUGCUGCUGCAAUGCAUGAUUAUGAUCAUCCAGGAAGAACAAAUGCAUUUAUGGUCGCAACUAAUCAUGAAAUGGCUACUUUUUAUAAUGAUAGAAGUGUUUUAGAAAAUCAUCAUGCUGCAAUGUCAUGGAGAUUGUUAUGUAAAAGUGAAAAUUUCUUUUUAGAAAACAUGAAUGAUACGGAGUUUAAAAAAUUUCGUUUUCUUGUUAUGGAAUAUAUAUUAGCUACCGACUUAAGACAUCAUUUUGAACAUAUUAAUAAUUUUACAAAAUAUCAAAUAAUUGAAUUAGAUGUUGAAGCAUGUCGUCAUGAUACAUUAAAAUUAUUAAUGAAAUGUGCUGAUAUUUGUUCACCACUAAAACCUAAUCUUCUUCAUAGAGAAUGGACUAGAAGAAUUGUUGAAGAAUUUUAUUCACAAGGUGAUGAAGAAAAAAGACUUGGAAAACAAGUUAGUCCAUUUAUGGAUAGAUUAUCACCUAAUAUUGAAGCUCUUCAACAUAAUUUUAUCAGACAAAUGGUUACACCACUGGCAAAUGCUCUAAAUAAACAAAAUAUCUUUCCAUGUUUACCGGGACUUGAUCAACCAGAAUUAAUGAUCAAUCUGAGAUACAAUGAAAAAUAUUGGUAUAAUUUAAUUAGAUUAAAUGGUAGACAUGUUGAAGAGACAAAUGAUAAUGGACAACAAAAUAGACAAGAGAAUGAGGAAGCAAUUAAUGAGAAUAACUAA